AUGGCUAUGGUGAACUUGUCGUGGAGUGACGAUGACAAAGCCAUGGUGGCGGCGGUGUUGGGGACUAAGGCUUUUUAUUAUUCGAUUUCGGCUCAGUGCUCGUUAAUGGCGGUGAGAAACGAUGAGAAUUUACAGACAAAGCUUUUAGAUCUCGUGGAGCAUCCUAACUUGGGGGGAACUGGUGAUGGGUGUUGCAGGGAGCCCAGUGAAGGAGAGGAGUCUGAAGGUACUCGGAUUCUGAAUCUGCGUCUAGAAGACGAGACCCAGAGGAUGAGGAAUAGGGUUAUCCAGGAGCUGCAUAUGAAGCACCAACCAACUUCUAUAUUCUUGUGA